AAAUGCCCCGCCGAGGCGGCGGCGGUCCCGCGCUGGUUGCACGGCGCCCCGGGGGCCCGCCGCCCGUGCACCCCGGGAGGGCUGGCGGCGGAGAAAGGCGGCGGGGGAGGCUGCGGCCCAGGCCUGCAGAGCACUCCUGCCGGAAGCGUCCUCCAGUCGGGCUCCGGCUCAGUCGAGGAGGAGGAGGAGGAGGAGGCGGCGGCGGCGCCACGUGCCGUCUGUCAUCACACUCCAGACAAGUGUCUCGGUCUCUCCACACCACGAGAACUUUUCGUCCCGUCAUGGUUGCUUCCUGCCCUGUCAUGAAAGCAGGCUAGUCUUGAGAUGGGUGAAAAACCCGCAACAUGGCGGCGUGCCUUCCCUGGUUCAGCUGUAUGGGGUACAUACAUCAAGCGUCUUGAUUCUGUGCUGCCUUUCUUACCGUGACUUCCUGGCCUUCCCUCAGAUUUCAUCUGGAACAGCACCAUCUCCCUCACCUUCUGUGUCCACGCUACUCCCACCUGCCUUCAUUUUCCUCUUAAAGUUUUCAUCUCCCACCCUGCUCACAGCAUUCCUCCGUCUUUAAUCUUUGCCAGUCCAACACCUCCAUCUUCACUACCUUACACCACAGCCCCCAUAUGUCUGCCCCAGCCCUGCAAUUCUCGUGCAUUCACGUUGGUGAAGUACCUGCUCGUUAGUCUGUUUGGAAGGCCGUGAGGGCCCACGCGCCAGAGUGGCCUAAGCAUCAAGCUGCAGCGAAAGGCAGGAAUGAACAGUCGGUGUUGAAAGGAGGAAGUGCCAGCCUCAUUCCUUGCACCACCUCCCUCCCAUGCCAAUUGUAUUAUAUAGCCUCUGCUUCUCCCCCUUACAUGCUUGUGUGCGCUUCUGUGCCCUGUACUCUUGCCACCUGCUUAACUUCCAUCUUCCCCUUGGCCCCAUGCAGUUUCAUAAACACAGUGCCUACUGAGAGGGUGACCUGGAUCCAGUCUGUCUAAAAGUCCAGUGGGUUGUGGGCAUUUUCACUGGAAGCAAGCAAUACCUGUGCGUUGGAUAAGCUGUAGGAGAAACUGGAGGUCAUUUUGACUGAUGGGGGGGCAAUGGCUUCACUGCUUCUGAAAGCAGGGGAAGGGUCAGUGACCGCACAAGGAGUUUGCAAGAAGCACACCACAGAUCACAAAAAACUGAAGAUAGAUCAGCGGCUGUCGUAAAACUCACUACCAAAAUAUGAUUGUGGUAUCUCCAAGACAGUUCUGGAGGCGAAGCUGUGACUAUCUUGCCAGCAUUUCACAGCAACCGUGCACAGAGCAGGGCAGUGGGUCACGUGUGAACUACUGCUUUAUUUUAGCAUUGGCAUUUUUAAAUGCAAAUGGCAAUUGUCUCACCCAGAUGCAACAUACAGACCGUCAGGUGCUCUUGGCUAAUGCUGCCUUCCAGUCCCUAGGAGACCAAGCUAACUUGCAAGCUGGUAACUCAGCUGGUAACUAGCAAUGUCUUGUCUCUGUGCGAGGCUGUGGUUCCCUGUGUACGUAGCUGCCUCUGAGGACUACAACGCUGUGUUGGCCUGUGCUCAGUUUUACCCUGUUUCUGGUGGAGUGGCCUCCCACAGGACCUUCUCCCCAUGUACCUGGUAAAAUGCAGACUGCAACCCAGGCAUGUCACUGGGAUCCGGAAGAUUCAGUCUUUGGUCAUGGAACACCUUGGGCUAAUCAUCUUGUCUCUCCAUGCUUCAGUUGCAAAAUGGUUUAAUAACCUUUCCUGCCUCUGUUAGGUGUUACUCACACAGAUAACCCUUGAGUGCACAUGGUCCAGCACAUGCUGGUGAGCCCCUCAGCACACGACUUUUCUGAAACACCCCCGGUGCCUGUGGCAGCCAAGCACAAUUCUGUGGCCUCUUCUCCAUCUUUGUAGGCUCGAGUCCAAAAUUAAAACUAAUUCUGUUAUUAUAUACUGUUUUCUUGCCUUAAGGCCAGUAUCUAUAUGGAAUAAGACAGCAUAGGUAAAAGCCUUGGUACUUCUGGAAUCACGUUGGAAUAUGCCUGCAUGUGCGAUAGUAUGUAAAAUGCAUCUGCGUUACAUCCUUCAGUGGGAAUUUUGCUGAUAAUCUCCUCUGCAAAUACAGCAAAUACUGCAAAUUGCUAUCCCUACCAGGCUUCUUCCAUUUGAGGAAGUGAUCUCUGCUUCACUUUGCUUUGACUUGUCGUUACCAAGGCUGGGCACACCACUACAUGCAACACUAGCUCCUUGUCAGUUUGAUGGUUCACUUUGCACUUGGAGGCCGUCUCACAAUCCAGCUUGAAGUGUCCAAAGCACUGAUGAACAGCACAAGUGAAUUUGGAGUCAUCAGGAACAUCAGAUGCCUUUGCUUAGUGGGUCUCAUUUAGAGCCCCACUCUGCCUCUCAUUUAGAGCCUUUGCAAUGGAGUACAAGCAUCCCACUGGAGGAGAGCGGGACUUGAAUUUUUAGCAGAUACAUCCCUCCUGUGGGAACUGUAUCUGGCCUUGGAGCUAAACUUAGCUGUCGUGGUUUAACCCUAGCCAGCAACUAAGCACCAUGCAGCCGCUCACUCACUCCCCCCCACCCAGUGGGAUGGGGGAGAAAAUCGGGAAAAGAAGUAAGACUUGUGGCUUGAGCCCCCACCAUGGCUGGCUAAAAACCCAGUCAAGCUGAAUCAACAGAAGAAGGAUCCUACAUCUUAGACCUAAGACAUGGGAGUAAGUGAUUAACUUUAGAACAAGACAAAUCAAUAGAAUAACCUGAGUGAUUUUCAGAAAUUCAAAGGUGAUCUUUGAUGUGUAAGAAGAUAAGUGAUUGUGGUGACCCAAGACCUUCUGCCUAUGACCACUAACUUCAGAAGAACCGGGACAUGAGAAUUGAUGAGAUAAAUUGAUGAAUGAUAACGACAUGGGAACCGAGAUCGACUGGAAAAUUACAAAGACUUUGGACUGGGAUAAUGGGUGGUAAAAGCAUAUAAGAUGGAGAAAUUUUUGGAAGUUGCCAUUCACUGCAGUGGUGGCCCAACUCUGAGUUGUUAAUAAAGCAAACCUAAAGAUACACAUGACUGAAAAUCCUUUAACAGAAUUGGUGACCCAGAUGGGACUCUAGGACACAAGAGAGAAAGAGAGCAACUGGAUAUUUCUCUGGACAAACCCAUUACCAACGCUCAGUUGCCGGCAGAAAUAAUCAGGACAUAUGCAAAGAGAGUAUCCACUGAGACCUGUUGCAACCUGAGGAGGACUUCCACCUGCCUGACCCCCAUGACCUCAUUCACGGUAAAGAAUGGUACUCCUCUUCUCUGGAAACUAAAAGAGCAAUGGAACCUGUUGGAAUCAAGGUAGAUGAGCAUGGUCAGAUUUCUGCAAAGCAAAACCAGCAAGCCGCUUCUAGAUGACCUGAGAGAUCAACCUUUAGAUAAUCCUGAUUUGAACCUCUUCAUGGAUAGCUCAUCUUACUAUGAAGAAGGUCAAAGAUGUACCGGUUUCGCAGUCACCACAGAAACACAGGUACUGUUGGCUGGAUCUUUGCCUGCACCUUUAGGUGCACAUGGAGCAGAAAUAAUUGGUCUAACUGAAGCUGCUAGAUAUGCAACUGGAGUAAGAGUUAACAUUUAUACAGACUCUAAAUCUGCCUUUGGUGUAUGUCAUGCUAUGGGGACUUAUGGAAGGAAAGGGAUUUUCUGACUUUGGCGGGAAAAACUGUUGCCCACGGACAACAGAUCAAAGACCUCUUAGAAGAGAUCCAAUUGCCCUCUGAAAUAUCUGUGAUCUAUAUAAAGGCACACACUCAGAGACAAGACAUCAUCGCAAAGGGAAAUUCUCUAGCCAAACAAGCCACUAGAGCAGCAGCACGGCAGAUUGUGUCCGUUAUGUCUCUGUCACAACAUGAAAUAACAUUUGAGCUCCCAAACGUGAAUAAGCUGUAUGAAGACUUCCCUGAAGAAGAAAAACAACAAUGGACUCAACUGGAAGCCCACCGGCGAGAAGGGCCGUGGAUUCUGAAUAACAAACCCCUCCUUCCAAAAAGGUAUUUAUUACCGAUAACGCGGUGGCAGCAUGAGAGGACACAUGGGGGACUGGGGAACCUAGCGCUCCGAAUCCAGAGACUCUGGGCAGCCCCGGGAAUUUAUACAGCAGCAAAAAGAAUUUGUGAAGGAUGUAAGCUUUGCAGACAAUAUGCUUCGGUACGAAUUAAACCUCACGGUGGGAAAAGACCUCCAGCCACCUUUCCUUUUCAAAAACUCCAAACUGAUUAUGCAGACAUGCCAAAAACAAUGGGGUACUCUUACAUGUUAGUGAUUGUUGAUCAGCUAUCAGGAUGGUUAUAUGCUUUCCUGACUAGGAAAAAUGAUUCUAAGGCAGUAUUAAAAGCCUUAUUGAAAGAAAUCAUUCCAAGGUAUGGGGUUCCUGAAGUAACUGACUCAGAUCGAGGGAGUCAUUUCACAGCUGCUAUCCUGAUUCAGAUUUAUAAUUCUGUGGGGAUUUUUAAUAAAUUUCAUACUCCACAUCAUCCCGAAUCAUCUGGUCAGGUAGAACGAAUGAAUAAGACAUUAAAGGAGAAGUUAGUAAAAGUUUGUAAACAGACUAGUUUGAAAUGACCUGAGGCUCUAAAUUUAGUGUCGUGGGAUAUUAGGAAUACUCCAAGGCAACCGAUUAGAGUUUCUCCAGCUGAGAUCCUUUUUGGGAGAAUACUUGCUGUUCCAGGUACAUAUGUGCCAGCAAAGACUAGCCUCUUGGAUGGAUAUGAACAGGUAACACAAUACCUUUUGUAUCUGCAAAAUUCUUUUUUCCAAAUGUGUAACCAUACCUAUUGGUAUCGGGGAAUAAGCCCUGAAAUCCAAGUUCAUGAUAUACACCCAGGGGACAAAGCUUAUAUAAAGAAUUUCAAAAGAAAAAACAGAUUUGAACCAAAAUGGGAAGGAGCUUAUACUGUUCUACUAACUUCUUUUUAUACCGUCAAGGUAUCUGGGAAAGAAACUUGGAUCCAUCAUUCGCAUGCCCGCAAAGAAUCUGAAGAAUAAUGGACAAUUGGAAAGUAUUAUUCCUUUUUGUACUUGUUUGUAUUUUACCCUGGAGUGACACCUUGUGGACAAAAUUUGCAUUGCGCUAUCGAGAUGCCCGUACCAAUAGAACUGUUAUUACAUAUAGUGAUUGUUCUUUUCAAAUUUCGGGCCAAAUUACAGGCCUACAGGCAAAGCCUGGACAGGUAAUUUUUUUGGCUAGUUAUCCGAAGACCAGACAGAGAGACCCUAUUUAUCCACUUCUUAAUUCUCUCGAAUUCUGUGCCAAUGUUAGAAGUAGACUUGACGAUUCGUGAGAUACUUGGUCCAAUGGUCAUGGCUUUUCUAAACAGUGGUGGAGAUAUGGCAUUCCAAGAACUUAUCCUGUAUAUCAUAUUCACCUUCAAGAACCAACAUGGGGAAUUGGAACAUGGUGCUUUGACCAUCAAAUGUGGGGAAUUUAUGGUAAGGGAGACUGGUGCUGUCAUCGAUUCCAUCUAUCAAGCAAUCAUUUUACUUUCAAAUUUAGGAUUGUAAUAAUCAAAUGGGGACCUAAUCUUCAGUGGAAUUUUUGGCACUGUCACAUGGAUUAUCCUCAUUCAUAUUAUAACAUGUCAUCUCUGAAUGUGUUAAAACAAUUUGUACGGAAACUUAGAGAUGUUCACCAAGUAGAAAAUGCCUGGAACAACAAUAUGCAUGUGUCAUUGAUGAAAUCUUUUACUAAUAAUCUAAAUUUAAGUGAAUGUUAGAUUUGUGUUGAUCUGCCAAAGACAGUGAAUCAAGGAUUUCAGUUAGUAGGAAUACCGAUUCCUAAAAGUGCAAAUUGGAAAAAAACCUGGCUGAAUACUACUUUUUCUGAAUCUUAUGAAGAACAAAUUUGGGAAUUUAGACUAUCAAAUUCAGGAAACUAUUCACAAGUCCACUGUGUACAAAGAUGUUAUCCCCCAGUGUUGAUAAUCAACAUUUAUGCAAAAAUCAUUCAUUUAUAGGAAAUUGGACUCAAUGCCAAAACACAACUUCUACCAACUCAGGAUUGCAUUUAAGUUGGCGAGCACCUGAGGACUUGGGUAUUUUUUGGUUAUGCAGGAGCAAAGCUUAUAAAGCUUUGCCUCCAGAUUGGGGAAGUAUUUAUACCCUAGGAGUAAUGUCUACAGAUUUAGAAAUUCACCCAAAAGCUGUCUCAAGUGCAACAUGGCAUAGAACCUUUUUAAUUCAAACCCAAAGAACUCUAAAUCCCUUGAUUGAAAGACCAACAGGAUUCCAUUCAUUUGUUAGGUGGUUAAUUCCGGCUUUAGGAGUAAGUGAAUUGGAAAAAGCAGUCUUAAAUGUCUCUGGAGAAAUUGAAAAAUUAGCAAAUUCAACUGGUCACGGACUUUUCACUCUCCAGAAAGAGGUAACUGAACUUUCAAAAAUGACUAUCCAAACCCAAAUGGCUUUAGACAUGAUUCUGGCUUCACAAGGUGGAGUUUAUACUGUCCUAAAUACCAGUUGCUAUAUGUAUACUAAUCGAUCGGAAGAAUUAAUAACAGAUGUCCAGAAAAUUUGGGAGGUUAGUGCUACAAUGCAACAAAUUCAAAGAGGUGACACAUACUGGGGAUUUUCUGACACAUUCUCUUGGUUGACAUCUUGGUUUCCAAAUUUGACUACUUGGGUGAAAAAACUAAUUGUAAUAGUCUUUGUUGUUAUAAUCACGGUAGUAUGUGUGAUAUUGUUUUGUUUCAAUGCUGUAUAAGUUGUAGCUCUAGGAUAAUACAGAAGAUAGAAAGAGAAAUGUGGAGUUAUCAAUGUGAUCGCAGGAAUGCAAUGAAAAACAAAAGGAGGGAAUUGUAAAAAGAACUAGGCCUUAAGCCUCAUUGUUUCUAAGACUAUUUGUAUCAGACAUAUAACUAAUGAUUAGAGAUUGCUUUAGAUGUGAUUAAUAGAAUGCAGAUGCUUAUAAAACAAUAUGCAUAAGCUGCUUAUUUGUCCUGUGUGUAGCCCCCACCAUGGCUGGCUAAAAACCCAGUCAAGCUGAAUCAACAGAAGAAGGAUCCUACAUCUUAGACCUAAGACAUGGGAGUAAGUGAUUAACUUUAGAACAAGACAAAUCAAUAGAAUAACCUGAGUGAUUUUCAGAAAUUCAAAGGUGAUCUUUGAUGUGUAAGAAGAUAAGUGAUUGUGGUGACCCAAGACCUUCUGCCUAUGACCACUAACUUCAGAAGAACCGGGACACGAGAAUUGAUGAGAUAAAUUGAUGAAUGAUAACGACAUGGGAACCGAGAUCGACUGGAAAAUUACAAAGACUUUGGACUGGGAUAAUGGGUGGUAAAAGCAUAUAAGAUGGAGAAAUUUUUGGAAGUUGCCAUUCACUGCAGUGGUGGCCCAACUCUGAGUUGUUAAUAAAGCAAACCUAAAGAUA